CCGCAUUCCCAAACUUGCUAUAUAAACCCUGGGCUUAGACCAGUCAAGUCAGAACGCAAUAAGCUUGCAAAUCAUAAACAGCCGUUGGAAAACUAGCAGUGCUGACUAGGAAAUACAGCGGGGUUUAUUUGAAUCAUGCGCGCGUGUCUGACUCUUUUCGCUUUCGCCUGCUUUAUAGCAUUGGCACAAAGCGCACCCUUAGCAUGUGUAGAUCCAGGAUGUUAUGACCCAUGCGAGGGUGUAGAAUGUGGCGGAAAUGGAAACGAAGGAGGUAACGGAGGUGGAGGAGAUUGCAAUGGAGGAGAUUGCGGCGGAAAUGGUGGCGACGGUGGAGAUUGCAAUGGAGGAGAUUGCGGCGGAGAUGGUGGCGACGGUGGAGACGGUGGAGACGACGGUGACGGUUCUGUUGGAGAUGAUGACUCUGGAUCAAAUGGCUCAGGUUCUGACGGUUCUGAUGAUGAUGAUGAUUCUGGCUCAGACUCAGGUUCCAGCUCUAGUUCCAGCUCUAGUUCUAGCUCUAGCUCUGAAUCUAGCGGCGACGACGAUGAAGAUUGUGACGAUGAUGGUGAUGAUUCUGAUUCUGAUUCUGACUCUGAUUCUGACUCAGGCUCCGAUGAUGAUGAUGAUGAUGAUGACGAUGAUGAUUGCGAUGAUGAUGAUGAUGGUGAUGACUCCGACAGUGACUCCGACAGUGACUCCGACAGUGACUCCGACAGUGACUCCGAUAGCGACUCCGAUAGCGACUCUGACUCAGGCUCCGAUGAGGACGACUGUGAUGAUGAUGAUGACUCUGGCAGCGGCUCCAACGGAUCUGGUAGCAAUGGAUCUGGUAGCAAUGGAUCUGGCAGCGGUGAUGAUGAUGACUGUGAUGAUGAUGAUGACAGCAAUAGCGGAUCUGAUAGCAAUGGAUCAGGAAGCGGAUCUGGAUCAGGCAGCGGAAGCGGAUCAGAUGGUAGCAACGGAUCUGGGGAUGACGACUGUGAUGACGAUGGUAACGGUGGCUCCGAUGGUGGCGAAUCUGGUGAUGGUAGCAACGGAUCUGGAUCUGGCGACUCUGAUGGGUCAGAUGGCAGUGACGAUUCUGACAGCGACUCCGAUAGUGACUCCAACAGCGAUUCCGAUUCCGAUUCCGACUCUGGCAGUGGUGAAGACGGAAAUGGCGGAGAUGGAAACGGCGGAGAUGGGAAUGGUGGUAAAGGAUGCAAUGGUGCAGAAUGUAAUGGUUACUAUGAUGGCGGAAAUGGUGGAAACGGUGGAGAUGGUGGAAACGGCGGAAAUGGUGGAAACGGCGGAAAUGGCGGUUAUGAUGGCGGAAACGGUGGUGGUGAUGGCGGUAAUGGUGGUGAUUAUACAAUAGACAACGACAAAUAGAUCCAUCCAUAGUACUUUUUCGCAAUUACAAUCAAAGACUGAUUUUCACUGCAGUAGACUAAUAUCAGAGAACCAGUUCUCAUGUUUUCAGGUGUCGGUCCCUUUAAUUGGUACAAUACGAGUUGGAGCGAUACAAUAAUAAGAUAUUUGUUUUAAAGCGAUGACGCUGACACUUAUCUGUCUCUAUGAGGAAUGAUAUUUGUUAUAAAUUCAAAAAAUUAUUAAGAACACCAUUUUUCGAUAUAAAUUUUGCAUUUAAAGGACCCUGAAAACAUAUCUUAUGCAUAAUAAUAGUUUUAGUUGUGUUAGUGUAUAUUUGUAUUGUUUUGUUGUUGUUACCUCACGUAGUGCUGUUGUGUAAACAGAAUGCAAUUCAAUAAAUUAUUGAACAUAA